AUGGAAGUGCCUCCAGAACACUGUCCGGGCGUCGAGUCGGCCGAUGCGGGCAAAGCGGACGCCUGUGCCGGCUGUCCAAACCGUGGGAUCUGCUCUUCGGGUGACCUCCAGACCGGACCCGACCCUAAAGUGGCGGAAAUCGCGGCCAAACUUAUGAACGUUAAGCACAUUGUGUUAGUCAUGUCCGGGAAGGGAGGGGUCGGCAAGAGUACGGUCUCCUCACUGUUGGCCCGAUAUCUGGCCACCGAUAAGACCGUUAACGUCGGUCUACUCGAUGUCGACAUUUGCGGGCCGUCUAUACCGAAGACAAUGGGCGUUGAGGGCGAAGAAGUGCACCAAUCGAUGUCCGGCUGGUCGCCGAUCUACGUGUCCGACAACCUGUCGGUCAUGUCCUGCGGUUUCCUCUUGAGUUCGGCGGACGACGCGGUCAUAUGGCGCGGACCCAAGAAGAAUACCAUAAUCAAGCAGUUCUUGGCUGAUGUCGAUUGGGAUCGACUCGACUAUCUGGUUGUGGACACACCUCCGGGCACUUCCGACGAACACUUGUCGCUCGUGUCGUAUCUGAAGCAGUGCUCGAAUCUGCGAGGAGUCAUAAUCGUGACCACUCCUCAAGAGAUUGCUCUAAUGGACGUCCGAAAGCAGAUAGACUUUUGCCGAAGAGUGGGACUCAAUGUGUUGGGUGUCGUCGAGAAUAUGACCGCUUUCUUGUGUCCCAAUUGUCAUAAAGAGUCCACUAUUUUCAAGCCCUCUGUCGACGGUAUGAAUCAAUUGCUAGAGAAAGGGAUACCAUUACUCGGAAGAAUACCAUUGGAUCCGAUGAUUGGCAAAGCUUGCGAUGAGGCCAUCGAUGUGUUUGAGAACAACAAAGACUCAAAGACUAUCACCGCUUUCGAGGCGAUUGGACAUCAUUUGGUUAAAGUUUUGAAUGAUUUAAAUCACGAAUAA